AUGUCGGCCGCCUUUGACGACGAAGAUCUCUCGAUCUCCCUUCCUUCGUACGAACAGAACAGGAAUAGGAAUCCUCAUGGACACCCGAGUAUACUGCAGCAAGCUCCACGACAUGGAAACGAACGGCUGGACCAGUCUCCUGCCACCGCUCGAGACAUGCAACGUCUCGAUCAAUAUACUGCGGUGAGAAGUCUGGGUGAAGGAACCUUUGGAAAGGUUAAGCUUGCCACUCACAGAGCUAGCGGGCGGCCGGUAGCACUCAAGAUUAUACCAAGGCGGAAGCUACAGUCAAGAGACAUGGUUGGGAGGGUUGAGCGCGAGAUCCAGUAUCUCCAGCUCUUAAGGCACCCUCAUAUUAUCAAGCUAUAUACCGUGAUCGCCACGAAGACGGACAUUGUCAUGGUUCUGGAGUAUGCUGAACGGGAGUUAUUUGACUAUCUCGUAAAGAGAGGGAGGUGCAACGAUGACGAAGCCCGCAUCUUCUUCCAGCAAAUUAUAUGCGCAGUGGAGUACUGCCAUCGGCAUAAAAUUGUUCACCGAGAUCUUAAACCCGAAAAUCUCCUUAUCGACAAGGACAAGAAUGUAAAGAUCGCUGAUUUCGGUCUGAGUAACAUCAUGACUGAUGGGAACUUCUUGAAAACAAGCUGUGGUAGUCCCAACUAUGCGGCUCCAGAGGUUAUCUCUGGCAAGCUUUAUGCUGGCCCAGAGGUUGAUGUAUGGAGCUGCGGAGUCAUUCUUUACGUACUUCUGGUAGGGAAGCUACCCUUUGACGACGACUACAUUCCAUCUCUCUUCAAAAAGAUAUCCGCUGGAAAUUUUCAUAUGCCAUCCUAUAUCUCGACAGGUGCUGCCAAUCUCAUCAGGCAUAUGCUUCAAGUUCAUCCUGUACAUCGGAUUUCCAUACCCGAAAUACGGCAGGAUCCUUGGUUUUUAAAGGGCCUCCCAAAAUACCUGCAACCACCAGUUGAGGAUUUUGUUGGCACUGGCGCAGAUCCAAAUAAAGCAAUCGAUCCACGCAAAAUUGCACCCGGAAGAUCUGCUGCUAUACAGGAACGCAUCCAUGAGAAUGCAGUUAACAAGCUUGAGCGAAGAAUGGGCUAUGGCAAGGAUGAUAUUCAGGACGCUCUGAGGAGGCCUGAACCUAGUGCAAUCAAAGAUGCCUUCUUUAUUGUCGUUGAGAAUGAGAUGAUGCAGAUGAAUUCCCCGACUGAGAAUGAGCCUGGUCAACCAUCCGCUGCUCAAUUAGGGGGCGGCCCGUCACCAUCUUACCGUUCAGGCCAAAGUCCUAACCCUGACUCCAGUGCUCAGAGCUCACCGCUUGCUCCAUUGACCCCAUACCAGCCACGCACUUCAUCAAGCUCACCCUCCCAAACUCCUUCAGCAGGGGGCGCAGAAGACUCUCAACGAUUAAGUCACGUCCGCAUUCUACCCACCAGUUUGCCGUACGUACACGAUCAAAUAAUGGAGCAACGAGCCGAGAAGAGCCUGCUUAGUGAUGAUGAAGAGGAAGAAUUAUCAGUGGAAAACCGAGGUAGAUCAUUGCAGCCUGAUGGCAAGGAAUCUGAGAAUGAUAUCAACAAAGAGCGUUCUCCCGAAGAACAGGCGGCAACUGCUCGGUCUCUUCGACCCCAUUCACGCAGCAAAGUUGAUUUGGAUAAGCUACAGUAUCAAAAACCAAGCACCGCAGCUGCGACAGCCCCUACAACAAAACGUUCUCGAAAAUGGCAAUUUGGAAUACGUUCUAGGAAUCAACCAUAUGAAGCAAUGUUGUGUCUCUACAAGGCUAUUCGGGCGGAAGGGGGCGUUUGGGAAAUUCAGCCGGCCGAGCCUGGUAGGUUUUUUCUUUCUUUCUUACUUUUUUUAUGAUUGGAGUAUCUGCCACGCUCAAUUGCUAAUAUUAUUUUAGAAGUAAAUGACUCCGAUAGUGGCAGAACCCCACAGAUGACAACUGAACUCCCACAGGCAUUGCAACACAAGUACCCUGACUUGCCACCGGACUAUUAUAUCCCCAAGGAUUUAUGGUUUAUCCGUGCGCGGCUAUUAAAGCAAGGCGUUCUCGCCCCUGGUCCGUCAAGCAGCGCUCACUCUAGUCGCAGCGAUCUAGAAGAGUUCCGUCGCCGCGUGAGCCUGAUAGGCGGUAUAUUACACCCAGAGGAUAAGACGGCAGCAUCGGCAGCGGUAGCUGCAGGUGGCACCGCAAUAUCGUCAGCCCACUCGUCCCACCCUGCCCUCCUUUCCUACGGUGUGUGGGUUUUCAUAGACAUUCAGUUGUAUCAGAUCGAGUCGAAGAACUACAUGGUCGACUUUAAAUGUGAUGGCUAUCAAAAUGUCAUCCAAAUUGCUCACGAAAACAACACCACCACAGAAUGGCGACCAAUAAGCAAACGAAUCCGCAAUAAGGAAAAAGAGGUGACGAGUCCUUAUCCCUUCUUGGACGUUGCAUCAGAUCUUGUUGCACAAUUGGCCGUUGUUAGUUGAUCUAUACCCUCUAUAUCAGCGUGUGCUUUUUAACCCAGCAUCUCUCAAACCUCUUCAAGCAAUACUGUAUCUUUAUCAAAUGAACAUAAUUUUUGCAAACAGCGUGCACAUGACAUCAGUUGGCUUUCUCUGAUGACGUCGAUUUAAACUCAUGGAUAAAUGAUUUUCCGGAGGCGAAGUGGCCAACUUUAUUACUAACCUGCAUCGCGACUCGCCCGCGAUUGAAACUGUGGAUAUCAGACUUGGUCUAGAUGAGCGGAGUUGCUGAUAGAAGAACUUUUACUGCCUGCAAAACAAACAAAAGCCCUGUUCUAUAUGGAGCCAUAUGACGUCUGUUUAACGUGACCAGCUUCUUUUCUCUCUGUUCAAGAAAUGGAUUUGAAAUCUUUUCCUCUCUGGUUUCUUACAACUCGGCGAUUAAUAGCA